AUGCUGCUGCUUGUCGUGUCGGCAGCGAUUUGCUCGCAAGUCAUCGCCGAGCCCACGCUGUUCAUGUUUCCCACCAAUCCGCAACUCCAUCCGCCGAAUCUCUAUCCGAACAUGCAAAUCGCGCGUGGCAAGGUUCGCGAUUUGCCCGACUCGGGUGUGAUUUAUCUCAAUCGAAUCAAACCGAUCGCCGACGAGUUCGCCACCGUCGAGACAUCCGAGGCGGACAACGAGCGGCGCUCGUCGUUAGAGAAAUAUGGAUCAAGUGAGGAGCGAGCACCGCCUCGGAGAUUCGAAGCCUCAAUUCAGCAGAAUGUUGAACCAGCAAGAUUGGAAACUUCUACUACCACCACCACCACAGUUGCGCCAAGACCAAAACCAAUUACGCCAAAAAUUGCUUUAAAGAAAACCGAUGAGUUGAAAAAAUCGCAUCAAAAAGAGAUGAAGAAUAUCAUAACCGUUACCGAGGAAGAGGAACUCGAUCGUUUAUUGGAUGAGCUGAUUGAAAAGAAAAAACCAGCGCCAAUAACACCGAAAAUCGGACGAAGCGGCACUCGUCCAAAACUGAUUUCGUUUGACGGAACCGCGCGUGUUGAUGGUCAGUUCCCAGCGCGACCUUCGCCGGUGACAGUACGUCUGAAACAGCAAAAAGUAUUCACUUCAAAGAGGUACGCGUCUCGCGACGAAGGACCCGACUUUGAUCCAUGGGAGAGAUUGGGAUCGUAA